AUGCGGAGACGCCGAGCUGCGGGCGUCGCGCCCCGGGCGGCGGGAGCACGCAAGCCCCACCCCCCGGAGACUCCGCCCUUGCGCCGAGGGUUGCUAAGCGGCGGAGGGAGCUGUGCGCCGCGCGGCGCUGGGAACCUGCCUUUGCCUCGGCGAUUGGAUGCCCAGCCGCAUGGCUUGGGAAUCCUGUUCGCAGGGGCUGCCGCGUGGGGGCGCCCGGCGGGCUUCGUGAGGCUUCGAGAGGUUCGCACCCGGAAGCUGCUGAUCGGGACCUGGAUUUACCUCACAAAAGAUUUCUUCAUUGUACAGAAAAUAAAACCUUCCUUAACUGCUGAAAGCAGACCCGAACUUCCAGAUCAGAUUGAUUCUAGUGUUCCAAAGUCAGAGGAUCGACCCUUAGGAACUGAUAUUCUAAAACUGAUUGGUAUUGGCCUUCCAAAAUCAGAUAAUCGACGAUCAAGAAUUCGCAUGCUAAAUCACACUGUUACUGGUGGUCUAAAAUCAGAUCAUCGACAACCUGGAGCUGGUGCUCUAAGUCAGACAAGUGCUGGUGGUCCAAAAUCAGAUCAUCAACAACUGGGAGCUGGUGGCCCAAAUCAGACUGGUACUGGUACUCUAAAAUUAGGUAGUCGACAGCCAGAAACUGGUGUUCCAACUCAGAUUGGUGCUGAUAUUCCAAAAUCAGAUAAUCAGCAAUCCAGAGAUGGUGUUGCAAAUCAAAGUGGUACUGGUAUUCUAAAAUUGGGUAAUCGGCAAUCAGGAGCUGGUGGUUCAAGUCAUACUGGCACUGGUAUUCUAAAAUCAGAUCAUCGACCAUCUAGAACUGGUGGUCCAAAAUCAGAUCAUCGACGAUCAAAAAAAGGUCACAGAGUCCGUUUUGCAAGUAUUGUGAAGGCGAAGACAGUACAACUAAUUAGUAAAGAAGCUGCAGCUCACACAAUACAGAGAGCUUGGUUAUCAUACAUGAACAGAACGAUAUUUCAACUCCUAAAACACACAAUUUGUGCAGCGGAAUACUACGUGACACAUGAAAUACUGAAGAAAGUGAGCCCCAUAGAGGCUAAGCUUAUUAAAGAUCCUAGCAUGAAGUGUAAAGUCAGAUUCAGAUUUAGUGGUGAAACAUUUCCACCUUUCAUCGUGUUCAAAAUCUUUCUUCAUAAUGAUGGCCGUGGUUACAAGUAUUUUAGUGGAAAAAACUUAUUAAAGCCAUCAACUGAGGGAGUGGUUGAUGCUUAUAAAUUAAUGGGAAAAAGGAAAUUUUACAAUCAAAUUAUGGAAGAUGAACGCCUUUACCAAAAGUACAAAAUAACUGAAGAAGUAGAUGUCGUCACUAUGAAAGAUUACAUGCAAUAUUCUAGCCUUCUAGACGAGACUCCUGCAUCAUCGGGUGGUAAAAACAAUUACUGGCGAAGAUUAAGCCUUGAAAACAUUCCCAGGGCCACGAUGAUGUAUGACAUCGUUGAUUAUGCACAGUCUGGAGUCAUUUCAAACCGUCUACAAAAAGAAAUGAAAUAUUUGUUACGGAAACCACAGUCAGAAGAAAUGCACCAGCACCAGCUGCGGAUCGUUUCUGGAGUUAGACGCCCUAUAAUUCUCCCACCUUUACACCGGCCGUACCAACUGCAAAAUCAAGUUACACAUCCGUGUCAACGAUCCAAGGAAACUCAAAUGCAACUUGAAAGAAUGAAACAAGUCUUUAAGAUAGCUAAAGAAAAAACUGCUUCCGAGGUAAUCGGACUGCAAGUGGACAAACCAAGUACUGAGCAGCAACGGACAAUCAUUGCCUCCACCCCAUCUUUAGACAUUGUGAAAAUUAAUGAAUCCCUGCCAGGUGGCAAAUUAGAAAAAGAAGAAAAGGGAUUAUUUGCCUGGUGUGAAGACGCGUAUCUUAGGAACCCUUCAUCAUGUUAAUGCACAGCUAAUUGACAGAAAACCAAAGUCAUUUAACAAUCUGCUUGUCUGUGUAUAAGUGAUGAGUAUGAGUAAUAAAGGGAAAUAACAUGGAAACAAGUCCUCGGUAUGCUCUCUUAAGGAAAUGCAUGAUGUAUUUUAAGCCCUUUUGUAUUACCUUAGGUGCACAUAUUUUUUUACUGACAGAAUUUCAAUCCAAAUAACUUAUUUUUAUUAGAUGCCGCCUUCGAACUAGCAGUAUACAGUUUUGUUCAAAAAAUGAUGGGCAGAUUAGUCCUGGGUCUUUCAUUCCAUUUUGAUUUUCUUUCAUUUAAAAAAAAAUAUCUGA